AUCUUUCGGGAGUGGAGAGAGAGAGAGACAGAGUCUGAUCGGUCCUUGACGAGACACAACACUUUAACGUUGCUUCUUCAAAGUUUUUUUUUUUUAAUUUUCUGCUCUUUUAAUUUCUUCUUCUCUUCCAAUCACAAAGAAACCCUAGUUUUCUCUCUCUACCUAUUAUCUCUCUCUUUCUCUACCUUCUUAAUCAUGAACGAUCCUGAAAAUCCCGAUCUGAGCAACGAGUCAGCUUGGAGACAACUCACAGCUCCAGAUUCCGACGACUUCUUUGACAGAGACACUUCCAAUAUCCUUUCUGACUUCUCCUGGAACCUCCACCACUCUUCUUCCGAUCAUCAUCGGCUCGAUUCCGGUGUAACCCCAACCGCCGGAGUCCGAUCUCCGGUCACGACGAAUCUACACUCAUCAACUUCUUCCUGUUCCUCAUCUUUAGCCGUUAUAGAGGUUUCAACCUCUAAUAAUCCCUCAGCUACUUCCAGUUCAAGCGAGGAUCCAGCCGAGAACUCAACCGCCGCGAAAACACCGGACACACCAAAGAAGGAGAAGAAGAAGGCUCAAAAGCGAAUUAGGCAACCGAGAUUCGCAUUCAUGACCAAGAGUGAUGUGGAUAAUCUUGAAGAUGGAUAUCGAUGGCGUAAAUAUGGACAGAAAGCUGUCAAGAAUAGCCCCUUCCCAAGGAGCUACUAUAGAUGCACGAACAGUAGAUGCACGGUGAAGAAGAGAGUCGAACGAUCAUCGGAAGAUCCAUCGGUAGUGAUCACAACAUACGAAGGACAACAUUGCCAUCAAAAUAUUGGAUUCCCUCGAGGUGGAAUCCUCACAGCUCAUGACCCUCGUAAUUUCACAUCUCACCACCAUCUUCCUCCUCCAUUGCCAAAUCCUUAUUACUACCAAGAACUCCUUCAUCAACUUCACAGAGACAAUACUUCUUCUACGCGAUUACCCCAACCUACCACUGGAGAUGCACCUGCAGUGUCUAAUCCAUCAGAAGAAGGCUUACUUGGUGAUAUUGUACAAACCAUGCGCAAUCCUUGAGGUACCAUCUGAAAGUCAUCAUCAUAACCUUGGUAACAAUAGCUAAGGAGGUGCUAACUCAUUAUAGAAGAUAUUGCAGACCGGAAAGCGAUAUGGCGGCAACGGGUUGUAAGCAGAGAUCUAUAUAUAUUAAUUUCGUCGCUGAUCAAUCGUCAAAGGCGUCUCAGUACCGGUGGUUGCAAUUUCUUAAGGUUUAUAGACGUAUAUAUGUCUGUAUUUAUGUCUGUAGUAUAAUUUUGAUGUUCAUCUACUGACUUAUGUGGAUAAGUGGAUUCAUCAUCCAUCCCGCAUUUAGAUCCAUAUGUAUGUGCACUUUAGAAAGAAAGAAAAAACGUGGAGGAUUUCCGGAGAUAUAUAUAUAUUUUUUUAAAUAU